GUUGGGGUACAUUACGGAAGCUUUAUCAUAAAAGGAGAGAGAAAGAGAAAGAGAGAGAGAGAGGGGGAGAUGGAUGAAAGAGUCGUGUCGGGAGCUCGUCGGAAAAGUCGUGGCGAACGCCGGAAGUAGUUCGAACUUCGAAGAAACUUUUAGGCAAGGAUUCAAUUUGCGACUAAGUUAUAGUGGACGUUGAUAAAUGGAAGAAAUUGGUGAUUUGAAGAAGCCACACAAUCACCCAUUGAUCCUUUACCAAUACGGAAACCCUAAACAUGGCGAUGAGGUUUGCUGUUCCAAGUGUCGUAAACCAUGGCAUCCUCCGGCCUUCAGUUGCUCCAACUCCGACUGCAACUUCUGUAUCCAUCAAUCUUGCAUCGACCUUCUUCCCCAAAUCCACACCCCUUUCCAUUCCCAUCAUAAACUCCCUCUAUCUCUCGUCCUCACCAACACAUUCUGCAAGUGCUGCGGCCAAAAGCCGACCGGAAAAUCCUACUCCUGCCCUCAAUGUGAUUUCGUUAUCGACCUACAAUGUAUCAUCGUCGACACCAAAACCUUAGGCUUAACCAAAGUCCCCGGCAGUGACCAAUUUCAGCAUUUCGCCCAUCCCCAUCCAUUAAUCUUUCUACAACAACAUUGGGGGAAAAAUAGAAUCGUUGUUUGUUCUGUGUGCGAACUGCGUAUCGAAUCAGGUUCUGAUUCUAUUUCUACCUACUUUUGCUCUCUCUGUGAUUCCCACUUUCAUCAACAAUGUGCUGAAUUGCCUCGUGAGAUUAUAAAUCUUCGUUAUCAUCAACACCCCUUGUUUCUUUUUGCCCGAUCAUUUGGGAGUAAUAUCAUUUGUAACAACUGUAGAAACAAUUGCUUCAAAUUUUUCUAUAGUUGUCCACCCUGUAUAUUCAAUCUUCAUGUAUCGUGUUUUCCCUCGUUUCAACACCAACAUGAUUUCAUUAAACUCCACAAGGUAUUUCCGUAUACAUGUCAAAUUUGUGGCAAGAAGUCUGAGCCUGCAGUUCCUUGGUUUUGUAGCAUUUGCCAUCUUUUCGCACAUAAAAACUGCACCGAGCUACCGAUCAUUCUCCAUACAUUUGAUCAUCCUCAUGCUUUGAGUCUAUCGUUCUCUGGGCAUCACGAUAUCUGCAAAAUUUGCAAUGGAAAGAUAAACAUGUCAUUUGCUAGAUAUGUUUGUCGGAGUUGUGGUUAUGACACGCAUUUGAAUUGCGCUAAGAGUCGAGAAAACCAAGAGAUGAAGAAGGGAAUAAUGCUGACAGAAAAAGAAGCUGAUGUUGGGACAAACAAAAUUCUGCAUUUUAGCCAUAAGCAUGAGUUGAUUCUUUGUCCGGGGGAUGAUAAUAAGGUUUGCAACGGGUGUAUGCAAUGCAUAGUGACUGAAUGUUAUGGUUGUUCAAAAUGCGGCUUCUAUUUGCACGAAGAAUGUGCAAGAUUUCCAAGACAAUACAGAAAUUUCUCGUUCCAUUCACAUGAGUUGAAUAUGGUUUAUAUCCCAAAUUUUAUGUUCUCAUGUGGUGUUUGUCUUCAAUAUUGUCAAGGCUUUGCUUAUCACUGUGAAGAAUGCAUCUACACAAUCGACAUUUGAUGUGCUGCAAUUACAUUCCCAUUUACACAUUCAAGUCACAAACAUCACCCCCUGUUUCAUUACAAUGAUAAAGGAAAACAUAAAUGUAGAGGUUGUGGAGAAGGGUUGAAGAACAAAUUGGUGUUUGGGUGUGAUGAUUGCAACUUUUAUUUGGAUGGAAAAUGUGCAAAUCUGCCACUUGCAGUAAGAAAUAGAUUUGAUGAACAUCCUUUAAGCCUCACGUUUGUGAAUAAAGAUGAGGAAGGUGAUGAUGAAAAUUACUGUCAUAUUUGUGAAGAAGAAAGAGGAAGAAAUGAGUGGUUUUACUAUUGCAAGAUUUGCUAUUUUGCUGCACAUUUGAGGUGUGCGCUUGGGGAUUAUCCAUUUCUAAAGUCUGCAAAGUUUGAAGGUCAUAGGCAUCUGCUGAAUUUGGUGAAAGGAGGUAAGAAAGGGUACUCUGCUUGUGGUGGUUGUGAUAAUUCUUGUGAAGGAAAUUUGGCUUUUGAAUGUGGGCAUUGCAUUUGCAAGUUUAAUGUGCAUGCUUUUGGGCGGUGUUAUCACAAGCUGCUUACACAAGGCUCAGUAACUUUCGCCAUGCCUUCACUUCGCUAUCGUUCACUUCCCCUCUACUUGGACCCAAUUCAAAGAAAAAGGAGCAAGAUUAUUAUGUUGUUGGAAGGAGGAGAAGGGAAGCGAGGUGGUUGGAAGGAAAGAGGGUUCAAUGGAAUUAGAGAGUUCAUGGUGAAUCAUGGACGAUGGGCGGAUUCCAUUCAGACACGAUAUGAGGAAAAUGAGAAGCCAUUAGAAGCUAAUGGUGAUGAAGAUGAACAAGAUGAUGACAUGGAGAUCCCGAGUGUGGCCAUGUCAUUGGGAGAAUACGGAGGAUUUGAAGGGGAGUAUUGGGAUGAUGCAGCCUCCUCUUUAAUACAGAAGUUGGUGAUUACUCAUGAAAAAGCUAUCAACUCCAUAAGGACUAAAUAUGACCAAAAUGGAUGGUCCGAAAGGCACGGUGGAAAUCGAGGUCACACAUCUACGGUGGAUCUUGAAUAUCCAGACGAGUACCUAAUUUCAAUUGUUGGAUACAUUGGUUACUAUGGACAACACUAUGUGAUUCGAUCGUUGAGUUUAGAAAGCAAUAAAAAGAUUUAUGGGCCAUUUGGUGGUGAAGAAGGAACGCCAUUUGUGUUUCCUACAAGUGGAGUUAAGAUUGUUGGUUUUCAUGGCAGAUCUGGUCUUUACCUCAAUUCUAUUGGAAUUAAUGUCGCCCCCAUUCGAAACGACCUCAAAACCACACCUUUGUAAUCAUAUGUAUGAUACCUUUACUUAUUUAUUAAAAAAGGACGUGGAAAGAAAUAUGGGCAAAGGUUAUUCAAUCUUUA